UUGAGAGAGAGAGAGAACAUGGGUAAUGUCGAAGUACACGAAGAAGAAGAAGAAGAAGAAGAAGAGGCAGUAAGCCCCAGCAGCAGUUUGAUGCAGCAACCAAAAUUCAAUCUCUACAUCUUAGCAUUAAUGGGAUUCCAAACCGCCAUUGACGUCCCUCUCUUCAAGCUCUCUCUCUCCCAAACCCUAAUUCACCAUCCUCGUUUCUCCAGCCUCCUCGUGAACAGCAACAAUGGCGCCCGCCGCCGCAUGCGCUGGAAGCGGGUCCGGGUCGACGUCGACAGCCACGUAUUCGCCCCGGAUUUGGAUCCGGAAAUGGACGGCCCAGAUACGUUCGUCGAGGACUUCACCGCCGAUCUCUCCAAAACUCCGAUGGACCGGAAAAAGCCCCUCUGGGAAGUCUACAUCCUCAACGUCCCCACCGCCGACGCCGCCGCCACCGCCGUCUUCAAGAUCGACCACUCCGUCGGCGACGGCGCCUCCCUGAUUUCCCUCGUCCUCGCCUGCUCCCGGAAGAUCUCCGAUCCGCAGGCGUUGCCGGAGAUGCCGGUGCAGAAGAAGCCGCGGCCGCUCUCCGUCGCCGCCGCCGGAUCUCCGGCGGGUCUCCGGUCGCCGGGGAUUGUUAAGUGGGCCCUCCUGCUGACGUGGACCCUCCUUCUGACGAUUUUUCACACGGUGGCCGACGGCGUCGCGAUUUUGGCGACGGUGGCGUUUGUUAAGGAUAAGAAAACUCCGAUCAAAGGCUCCGCCGGCGUCGAGGCGUCGCCGAAGAGAUUUGUUCACCGGAUUGUUAGCCUCGACGAUUUCAAGCUCGUUAAGACAGCCAUGAACGUGAGCAUCAAUGACGUGGCACUUGCUGUGACAGAAGCUGGUGUUAGCCGUUAUUUGAAGUCGAGAUACGACAACGUGGAUGAAAAUGGUGCGUCGAAGAAGAAGUUCAAUGUAAGAAAUGGCCGGAUGAGAAUCGGCAUAGCAUUUAACCUCCGGCCACCGCCGACAAUUCAGGAUUUGGCAAAAAUAAUAAAAAAGGAGAAGAAGUUAGAUGGGAAAUGGGGAAACCAAGUGGGGUUAGCACUAAUCCCUCUAAACAUGAAUUUGCAAAAAGAUCCCUUAAGUUGCUUAAAUAGAGCAAAGGCCACAAUGGAGAGAAGAAAGUUAUCGCUCAGCCCCAAGCUGGUGUUCAUCGUAAUCAAGGCACUCGUAAAGCUCUUUGGAGCCGAGACAGCGGCGGCGGUGACGAACAGAGUAUUUCAAAACACAACGUUGGCGUUCUCAAAUGUGGUGGGCCCACAAGAAGAAAUAUGUCUUUUCGGACACCACUUAUCUUACAUUGCGCCUACGGUUUAUGGCUUUCCUCAGGCAUUGUUGAUUCACUACCAAAGCUACAGCAACAAGCUUGUGAUUGCCUUAGCCGCCGACGAGAAGCUCAUCCCAAACCCGCAUUGCCUUUGCGACCAUUUACAAGAAUCGUUACAAAACCUCAAAGAGGCCGUAAUCAAAAGAGGCCUCGUACUAGUCUAGU